AUGGAACUUACAACAAUUUUGAAACAAUUACGCGACAUAGAACGUGAACCACCACCAAAUAUCAGCGCGGGACCGGUUGAUGCGAAUGAUCUGUUCAAGUGGCGAGGCAAAAUUUUCGGCCCUAGUGACUCACCAUAUGAAUCCGGUGUAUUUGAUCUUACAAUUAAUUUUCCAGCGAAUUAUCCAUUCAAUCCACCAAACAUCAGGUUCAUUACUAAAAUCUACCAUCCAAAUAUCAAUUAUGAGGGCACGAUAGGUCUCGACAUACUCCGUAGUAACUGGUCACCGGCACUUAAGAUAUCUCACGUUUUAUUAUCGAUUUGUUCAUUACUAUGCGAUCCAAAUCCGGAUGAUGCGCUCAUGCCCGAUAUCGCCUAUCAAUACAAACAAGAUCGAGAAGCAUACAAUGCGACUGCCCGCGAAUGGACGCAAACAUAUGCUAUGUGA